AUGGAGAAACUAACCUUCUAUGCCCUCUCAGCACCAGAAAAGCUGGAUCGAAUUGGUGCCUACCUCUCAGAGAGGCUCAUCCGAGACGUGGGUCGCCAUCGAUAUGGGUACGUGUGUAUUGCCAUGGAGGCACUGGACCAGCUGCUCAUGGCCUGCCACUGUCAGAGCAUCAACCUCUUCGUGGAAAGCUUCCUUAAAAUGGUGGCCAAGCUGCUGGAGUCAGAGAAGCCGAACCUGCAGAUCCUCGGCACCAACUCGUUUGUGAAGUUCGCCAACAUUGAAGAGGACACCCCCUCCUAUCAUCGAAGCUAUGACUUCUUUGUGUCCCGAUUCAGUGAAAUGUGCCACUCGAGCCAUGAUGACAUGGAAAUCAAGACUAAGAUCCGGAUGUCAGGCAUCAAAGGCCUGCAAGGGGUAGUGAGGAAGACGGUGAAUGACGAGCUGCAGGCCAACAUCUGGGACCCACAGCACAUGGACAAGAUCGUCCCGUCGCUGCUCUUCAAUCUGCAGCACGUAGAAGAGGCAGAGAGCCGGUCUCCCUCGCCCCUCCAAGCACCAGAGAAGGAAAAGGAGAACCCAGCAGAGCUGGCUGAGAGGUGUCUGAGAGAGCUGCUGGGCCGGGCAGCCUUCGGGAAUAUCAAGAACGCCAUCAAGCCUGUUCUUAUCCACCUGGAUAACCAUUCUCUCUGGGAACCCAAGGUGUUUGCCACCCGUUGCUUUAAAAUCAUCAUGUACUCAAUUCAGCCGCAGCACUCCCACCUGGUUAUCCAGCAGCUCCUGAGCCACCUGGACGCCAACAGCCGCAGCGCGGCGACUGUGCGCGCCGGCAUCGUGGAAGUCCUAUCGGAAGCUGCAGUUAUCGCGGCUACCGGCUCUGUCGGGCCCACGGUACUGGAGAUGUUCAACACUUUGCUGCGGCAGCUGCGGCUCAGCAUCGACUACGCACUAACCGGGAGCUACGACGGCGCUGUGAGCCUGGGCUCCAAGAUUAUCAAGGAGCAUGAGGAGCGCAUGUUCCAGGAGGCGGUCAUCAAAACCAUCGGCUCCUUUGCCAGCACACUGCCGACCUACCAGCGCUCAGAGGUGAUCCUCUUCAUCAUGAGCAAAGUCCCGCUGCCUUCCCUGCAUCACCCGGCAGAGACCGGACGGACAGGGGAGAAUAGGAACCGGCUGACCCAGAUCAUGUUGCUGAAGUCCCUCCUUCAGGUAUCCACGGGUUUCCAGUGCAGCAACAUGAUGUCAGCCCUGCCCAGCAACUUCCUGGACCGCCUUCUCUCCACUGCCCUCAUGGAGGAUGCAGAAAUCCGCCUCUUUGUCCUAGAGAUUCUCAUCAGCUUCAUUGAUCGUCAUGGCAACCGCCACAAAUUCUCCACCAUCAGCACCCUUGGUGACAUCUCGGUCCUGAAGUUGAAAGUGGACAAAUGCUCCCGGCAGGACACUGUCUUCAUGAAGAAGCACUCCCAGCAGCUAUACAGGCACAUCUACCUGAGCUGUAAGGAGGAGACGAACAUCCAGAAGCACUACGAGGCCCUCUACGGCCUGCUGGCGCUCAUCAGCAUUGAGCUAGCCAAUGAGGAGGUGGUGGUGGACCUCAUCCGACUGGUGCUGGCUGUUCAGGAUGUAGCCCAGGUCAACGAAGAGAAUCUGCCUAUCUAUAACCGCUGUGCGCUCUACGCUCUGGGUGCAGCCUACCUGAACCUCAUCAGCCAGCUCACAACAGUACCUGCCUUCUGCCAGCACAUCCAUGAGGUUAUAGAGACCAGGAAGAAAGAGGCACCAUACAUGCUUCCUGAGGAUGUGUUUGUGGAAAGGCCCAGGCUGUCUCAGAAUCUAGAUGGUGUGGUGAUCGAGUUUCUCUUCCGCCAGAGCAAAAUCAGCGAGGUUCUGGGAGGCAGCGGCUACAAUUCGGACAGGCUCUGCCUGCCGUACAUCCCUCAGCUGACAGAUGAAGAUCGCUUGUCCAAGAGGAAGAGCAUUGGAGAGACCAUUUCCCUUCAAGUAGAGGUGGAGUCCAGGAACAGCCCAGAGAAAGAGGAGCGAGUUCCUGCAGAAGAGAUCACCUAUGAGACACUGAAGAAGGCCAUUGUGGACAGUGUGGCAGUUGAGGAACAGGAGCGUGAACGGCGGCGACAGGUGGUAGAGAAAUUCCAGAAGGCGCCUUUCGAGGAGAUUGCAGCCCACUGUGGGGCCCGGGCAUCACUGCUGCAGAGCAAACUCAACCAGAUCUUUGAAAUCACCAUCCGGCCCCCUCCAAGCCCUUCAGGAACUAUCAGUGCAGCCUACGGCCAGCCACAGAACCACUCCAUCCCUGUCUAUGAGAUGAAGUUUCCCGAUCUGUGUGUAUACUGAAUUCCAUGAGACAGUACUCCUUAGAGGACACGGUCUGCAGGAGGACCACCUUCCUGCUGUCUCUCGCCAUGUGGAAAUCUAGCUGGGAUAGCUAAGAACUAGUCACCUUGGACAAUGAGCAAAGGUGGCGCCUCUGGCCCUCUGUGGUCCUCCUGCCUCCUCCUUGUCUUCUGUGAGGAGGAUCCAGCAACCAGCCCUCCGGGCUAAAAAGCAUCUCAGCUGUCUUCUCUUUUGUAUCAGCCAAGGACAGAGAGUGGCUCCAUUGAGAAGCAGAAGGGCCUGGGAAGCCUCCCUUGAGGAUGUGUCUAUGAGGGAGUGUCAGCCACUCCCAAAGAAAGGAGCCUGAUAUCCGCAUGGUUGGUCUAAGGAAGACAUAGAUGGCACUUGGGGAAACUGAGGAAAUCCCCCCACCCCCCCCCCC